CGUGAAUGCAGUAGACUAACCGUCAUACGACGUUUCAGAACUGCACUUUGAACUCGUGCCUUUAACAUACACACGGAAAUAUGCAUCUCUUGUUACAAUAAAAUCUUCUUGCUUCGUUUCCCCAGCUCUGUGUUCUUCCUCGUUUCCCACUCUUGCGAAUUGGUUGGUUGGUUAUUGUAUUUUUUCUCGUGUUUUACAGGUAGGAGCUGUUUUCUGAACCCCAUCCGUCUGUAUACAAGUGUUGUGAUGUAUUACGCCUCAAACGGAUAUGUCACAUAUUAAUGCCUGCUGAAAUAAAGCGGCCUUUUCAAAUCUUCACGUAACUUUUACGAAAUGUCGAAAGAAGUCCCGAAACUAGAUCCGUUUCGGACAAAGGCAGAACUUAAAGGGAAAAAGCAAAAGCGUUCUCAAGGAUCAUCACACUAUCGGCCAAAGGCACCAACGGAACUAACACGCUUGCCCGCAUUCAAAGAUGUUUCCCCUUCAGAACAUCAGGAGCUCUUUAUUAAAAAACUUCAGCAGUGUUGUGUCGUUUUUAAUUUUGAAGACUCUACAUCUGAUGUGAGCAGCAAAGAGAUCAAACGCACAUUUUUGAGUGAACUGGUGGAAUAUAUAAGCGUAACUCGAAAUGCCUUAAAUGAAUCUGUUUACCAACCUAUUGUGUCCAUGAUUGCCUGCAAUAUUUUUCGGCCGUUACCGCCGUCUGAUAAUCCCGAUUUCGAUCCUGAAGAGGAUGAUCCUAUUCUGGAAGCAGCUUGGCCUCACCUUUCAUAUGUUUACGAGUUCUUCUUACGCUUCUUGGAGUCACCCGAUUUCCAACCUGUUGCAGCGAAGAAAUAUAUUGACCAGAAGUUCGUACUGCAGCUGUUGGAGCUGUUUGACAGCGAAGAUCCUAGGGAACGUGAGCUACUGAAGACUGUUGUCCAUCGCAUAUAUGGGAAAUUUUUAGGAUUGAGGUCUUUCAUACGUAAACAAAUUAACAAUAUAUUCUUGAGGUUCAUUUAUGAAACAGAACAAUUCAAUGGUGUUGGAGAAUUGCUUGAGAUCCUCGGCAGUAUAAUCAACGGUUUCGCCCUGCCGCUGAAAUCUGAACACACCCGUUUUCUGGCCAAAGUACUGAUACCCCUUCAUAAAGCUAAAUCUUUAGUAACUUUUCAUCCGCAGCUUGCUUACUGCAUAGUUCAGUUUCUAGAUAAGGAUGCAACGUUGACAGAGCAGGUUGUGCGUGGAUUGUUGAAAUUUUGGCCAAAAACGUAUUCUCAAAAAGAAGUUAUGUUCUUGGGGGAAAUUGAAGAAAUCCUGGAAGUAAUCGAGCCUUUGCAGUUUCAAGUAAUAAUGGUCCCACUGUUCAAGCAGAUAGCAAAGUCUGUUUCAAGCUCCCAUUUCCAAGUAGCUGAACGAGCACUAAGCUAUUGGAACAAUGAUAACAUAGUAUCCCUUAUUGAAGAGAAUCAUGACACUCUAAUACCUAUAUUGUUCCCUUCUUUUUAUCGUAUUUCACGUGAACACUGGAACCAAACUAUAGUAGCUUUAGUCGGAAAUGUGCUGAAAAUCUUCAUGGAAAUGAAUUCCACAUUGUGCAAUCAGUUGGCUGAAAAACACAAAGUUGAACGUCAGAGGGAACGUAAACGUGAAAAAGAGCGUGAAGAACUUUGGAAGAAGUUGGAACAGCUCCGGUUAUCUGGUUCAGGUGAUGCGCCAAUCAAUUCAAAUAUUGAAUCAAAAACGUAUCCUUCUCUUAACAAUAAUUCUUUUACGGUAGUUUCUCAAAAUUCUAGCCAGAUCGGUGUCAAUGUCACAAAGCGUUAA